AUGGGAAGGCUGUCGAGGCUCCUCACCUUUGGUCUCCGCAAGUCUCCUCCUCACCUGUCGACGUCCUCCACCGACGCCGUCUCUCCCUCUCAGUUCCACUCAUCCUUCAUCCCCACGUCGCCCUACUCUCGCCGCUUCUCGCCCCCGUCCCCGCACCCUUCGCUCUCGCCUCCCACCGCGACUGCUGCGCCGCCCCCGCCGUCUCCGCUUGGGUCCUCGCCUCCUCCAGCGCGGCGCUCGUCCACGUCUCGAUCGCCUUUCGGGAGGGCCUCCUCGGCUUCUCCCUCCGGGAGCAAGUCGCCCUUCGGGGCCCGCCAGUUUGCCUCGAGGCGGGUGACUGGCGAGGAAGCAAAAGCGAGCGAUUCCAGACGCGGCAGGUUUCGCUACCCGAGCGCGCCUCCCACUUCGCAUUCCCCGCCUGGCAGCCGCGGCGCUGCGCUGCCCGUCGGCGGGGCCGCUGCAGGGGCGAUUCGGAGGUCUGCGGGCGCGGCGGGCGCUGCGCGCCUGACCUCUAGCAUUCCUUUGAAGCCCAAGUCGCUCUUCGGGCGCCGCGGCUCCGGCGCCGCGAGCGUGUCUCCGACGCGCGGACUCUGGGCCCGCAGAGACACCAUUACGGCGCAGUCCCAGCACGCCCUAGAACGACCGGGCGCGGUCCUAGAAAGGGUGCCUUUGCGUGAAGAGCCGCCGGCACCGAAAGCGGAGCCGGUCGUGAAAGGGAGGAGCGGCACCGGGGGUCUGGGGAUUGAGAGAAGGACAACUUUGCCUCCAGAGAGAGGCGGACCCGACGACAGGAUCCAGAGGAAAAGCGUCUCGUUCCAGAAGCCGGCGAGUCGGUCGCGGUCCUUGUUUGCUUGGGCUCGACGAGCCUCAGGCAACAAGACCUCGACGCUGUUUCCCGCGCAGAGAAAGACGGGGCAACAGACCGUGGAGAGAGAGGCGAGCGGGAGAGACGACGUCCACCGGUUCUUGUCGAGAGAUCUCCAGAGCUUUGGGCGCCCGGGCGAAAGGCGCGGAAGCGAAGCGAACCGAGGGUGGCGGGAAGAGAAGAAUUCGCUUUCGCGAGCGGCCACCGCGAGAGGGGGAACUGGAGACGGCGAGCCUGGCAACGCGUCCCACGUCUUUGUACACGCGAGCGAAGCGCGCAUGCGGAGUGUCUACCUCGACAAACAGGGCACGAAAGUCGUCGUCGAACAGAGACAACAGGCAACAUUCGCCCGGCGUGCGUCGACGGAGCGGAGCAACUCGUUUUCUUCUCCCUCUCCUGCGUUUCCGUCUGCCUCGACUUCUCCCGUCUCGCGUUUCCCUCCGAGUGACCCUCCCUUCCCGCCUUCUCAGGCGUCGCGGCCGCGGGGCCCCUCCUUUUCCUCUUCGGCUCGUUUCCCUGGACUCUCUGAGCCGGCGAGUGGUCUCCUCCCCUCUUCCGCGGAUCCGGCGAGUUCGGAGGAUGCGCCUGCGCGAGGGCGCUCGUCGUCAGGGAGUUUCAGCUGGAAUGGGACACCCGCUGCGCAUGGUCAGGCCCCAGCGUCUCAGACAGCGGACGAGCACGCGGGCGUGAAGCGCUCCAAGAAACGUGGGCUGACGAAGGGUUCGUCCUUUGCGUCUUCGUUUGCGUCUUCGUCGUCGCCUUUUUUCCAUCACGAGCCUGUUUCCGGCCGUCUGGACUCCAAAAGGGGAUCGCCCCUUCCGACAAGUCCGCCGUGGAGCGACGGAAGUCGGGGCUCGCCAGAGAUGACACCCGCGUCGACGGAGCCGCCUGCGUCUUCUGUCUCGCGUCGGAAGUUCGCGGCCUCCCGCUCCUCCAGCAGUCUUGGCUUCGGGAAACUUCUGGGGAACCUCUCGUCCUCGUUUUCCCGACGCAGGAACUCGACGUCGUCCAAAAGCUCCGCGUCGCCCUCCGUUGCCGCCAGUGGCUCUGUGGGGUCCGCCGCCACCGCGGGAGGCUCGAGGCCUGACGCGCCGGGCUGGGGCACGAAGGCGCGGGGUGCAAAAACGGAGACACGAGCGAGGCCGUCUCCUCCGUACGAGGCGGGACCCGGCAGAAAUGGAGGUCCGACUGAGGGGACAGACCGUGAACGCGUCGCCGGUGGGGGCGCCCGAGAGCAGGUGCUAAGUUGCUAUUCCUUCCGCGCAUCGCAGGCUGAAAAUGAGCGUAUGAGCGCAGGCGGAGAGCCGCCUCUUUCUUCCGUUCUGUCUCUGGAUUCUGACACGGCGUCCCUUCUCUCGUGCCACUCGCUUUCGUCUCGGAGUGUCUCCGCGAAACUGGACAGCAAAGCGCGUCCGCGAGGUUCGGCCGCCUCCCCUGCCGAGGGAGCCCAGCGGGCGGAACCCAAAUGCAAGGAAGCGGUGCCAGCAGCCCACCGGCGAUUCGAUGCGUGCGCUGCUCACCAGACGCCGGGGAGAGCGGAGGCCUCACUCGCUUCGUCCGCGUCUGGUGCACCCGCGCCAGGAAAGAAGCCGCCUGGAGCCGACCAGGCAGCCGCGAGUGUCGGCCGUCGCAGCGCCAGCGCGGCGCCUGGCAAGUCUGGCCACAGCUUUUCAGAGCCUCAGAUGCCGCCGCCCAAGGUUCGCCGUUCGGGUCCAGGCUCCUCGUUUGAGGCGCCGGCGGGCGCGGCGGAUUCUUCCUCGGAGCGGCUGUGGCAACAGACCGGCGGCCAGGCCUUGCGCGAAGUGGCGCACGAGUCAAACGACGCCAAGCGCGAGCUCGAAAUCUUUGCCUCGGAGUUUCUGCUCACAGAAGACGAAGAGCAGCCCCGCGAGGCCCUCCCCACACGCUACACAGAAUACUCGAACCUUCCCGGUCCGGAUGGCUCUCCAGUGUACGAGCGGCGCGCGACGGGAGACGUCGCACGUCACCACAGAAGCUUGAGCCGCAAGGCCCGCGAUCGCGGAGAUUUGGAGCACGAGGAGGCGCGGGAAGCUGCCAGAAAGAAACGCUCCCCGUCGGGCACGACCCCUCGUCGAGGCCGCACGCGAGGCGAGGUGCGGCUGCGGAGCAGCAGCAAGCGGAAGUCGAGCGUCGUCGCCGUGCGCGACGGUCGACUCGUGAGCAGUGCAGGCGCGGCGAAGGCGGCCGCCGACGAGGAAGCAUAUGAGAAGGUCGUCCGCCCCCGGGGCGGUUCGGGGCACCGCCGAAGCACAGAUGAGGGUACUGCUCAUCGCCGUCGAUCUCGGAGAAAAAGCUCGACGGCGGAUCUGUCUCGCCACGGCAGUGGAGGCCUCAGGCACGUGGAGUCGAGACGCCACGGCCAUCACGGCUCUCACGUUUUGCGGACCGAAACGUCUCCGGCAGGCUUUGCGCAUCAAACCUCCUCCGUCGAUUACGAGGUGAGUCGCCCUCCCGAUCUCUCCUUGCGCCUGCGGCGCCACCGGACUCUCCAGUCGCCUCUCCUUCACCUUCCCUCCUCGCCUUCCUUUCCCGCGCUCCCAGCCGACAGCAUGCAGUCUUCCUGGAGCGUCGGGGGGGACGGGGGCCGGCGAGGGAGAGCAGGGCAGGAGCCCCCGCUAGGCGAGGGCCUGAGGCCGAAGUUGGACGACGCGGAGCGGGCGGAGCUAAGACGAGAGUUGGCGGAACUAGAAGCUCGGGAGAGGCACCUAGAGAAGCUGCGGAAGGAUUUAAAGAGAGCGGAAUCGCGCCUCGCACGAGCAGGAGAGAGCCAGGCGCGACCAUCGCGACAGGGGACGGAGGACGUGCGCAAAGAAGCCCGGCGCCUCAGGGAGGACUCGAGAGUCUUCACCCGGCAGAGAGAUCUGCAGACGCAACUAGACGACCGCGGUGUUCUCUCUCUGUCGAGCGACGACGGGGCCGACUUGCCGUCUUCUGUCUCGGCGCAGGCCAGCCUCUCCGAAGGUGAGAGAAGACAGGCAGAGUGGGAAGAUCGCGUACGCGAGAUCGACGACACGGAUGUGCCUUUGCCGUAUCCUCGUCGGACCGGUUUUGCGUAUGAGGCUUCCCAUGGGGCAUUACCUUGUUGGUCUCGGCUUUCGUCCCACAACGCAGACGGUGUGGAGGAAGGAAAAGAGUUCUGUCACCCAGCGCCUCCGCGAUUGCUCGUGAGCGAGUCUUGGCGCGGCGCCCCUCCUCCGCCGGAAGUCUUUGAGACGUCAAACGACUCGUGGGAAAGCCCCGUGCGGCGGCGUCCAGGUCCAGGUGCGUCUGCCACAGUUGCGAUGUUGAGUGGCCUUGCGAGGUGCCGUUCCGUUCGAAUCCGCACGCAGACCCGCGGGGAAUGUGUGUCCCCCCCCGGAGCACGAGUCAGGACAGUCAGGGACGAAGCCCCAGCGCAGGGAGAUCUGCGACCAUCGUCAUCGUGUUCGUCCCUUCCCGGCUGCAUCAGGGAGGAAACGGUGGGGACCGACGCGCCGAAUCCUUUCUUUCGUGUAGAAAUGAGGCACAGCCUCUUCAGCACCUUUCGAGCCUCCGCCAUCUGCAGCCCGAGUGCCCACGGCGGCCUGGCGGCCGGGACGUCUUUGGUGGUGGACUCCGACGAAGAUGACUCGGGGAUACCCGGAUUCCUUUCAGGAACCUCAAGCGAAACUUUGAGCAAAAUAUCCUGUAUAGACGCCAGUUUCGCAGACAGCGAUGACGCUCGAGAGGCGCCUUGCGUCCCGCAGCCAUCCACCGCGUCUGUCCCGUCGAGGAAGAAGACCUUGCUGCCGCCCGGCUUUUUCGGCCAGCGGUCAAAGCGGCUCACUGUGGCGGCUUCGCCGGCGCUUCCCACGAUCCAGUCUCGUGCAUCGCGGCGCCUGGUGGCCUUCGGAGCAGGCACUUUGUUUCCCUCGGGCUCUGCGUGCGGGGUUUUCGAGGUGCCUGUCAACGGCCCUUGUCGACAGUCGUCGGAAGAGACCGAGAGAACCUGCACUGCUACAGACUCGAUGUCAGAGGUGGAGAGAGAAGAAAGGGAGGACGGGAGAGUCUGUCGCCUCGCCCCGCUACCGCUGCCAGCGACGGAGGCCGAACUCGAGCACGCGUUGACUCUGGCGGUGUCCGAAGGCCCCUACGAGACCAUGGUGGGGCUGGUAAGUUCCACAGAAGCCGAGCUCGACGAGCAGCGCUUGGACCAGGAGAACACGCCGCUGCGCACAUGCAUUCGCCGUGUCCCGGUGUCUGCGUUUGCGGGGCGAGGUCGGCCGCGGAAAAACGUCCGUUUGUGUGUACGCUUUGCGGCCGAGAUUGAGGAGCUCUUGCGCAUCAAAGAAGAGGAAGAGGAAGCCCGGAAGGCGCUAGAGGGUGGCGCGGAAACGCCAGCCGCGGCGAAGGACUCGAACGACUUCGACUGGAACCAAACGUGGAACGGAGGAUCCACUGCGUCCAAGCAGUCAGGGCAGGUCGACGGCAGUUCCGAGCCGCGGAGAAUGACGCUGUGUCAGCGUCUAGGGUCAGGAGGUUCGCUGAAAGCCUUCGUGACUCGCUUGCGGGCCGCUCCACAGGGCCCCAGCCAAGGGAAGCAAGAGAGAAUGGACACGGAGGCGUCGAGUGAAUCUGCUCUGGGGCAACUCCGGCAGCAGUUUGCGGCGGCCGUUCGGUUCAACGCCGCUCGCGGCGUCUCUUCGUCUCCAGAUUCGCCCCGACAGACCGACGGAGAGGCCGACAGAGACGCCAGCGACACGAGCGACUCCAGGAACUUGCACAGGGCCCAGAGAGGCGCUGCAGACACCGCAGGCGGCGUGCUGGCUGCCUUCCGGCUUGGCCGAAGAAGCGGAGAGGGGACUGAUGGAUGGGAGUCCUCCCGUGAUGCCAACCGGAAAAAGACAGAACGACGAGCCUUCUGGCUGAAGGGAAGGCUCUUGUCGAAGCGUGACGCUUGA